UGCUCAUUUGACAUUGAGACAAGAGGGGAAGAACAAUGACCGGCCUAAGCUUACAGCCCAAAAUGAUGAGACAUUUUAUGACAAUUUGUGUGUUUUGCAAACUUUACAUGGUGCAGACAGAGAUUCCUCAGCAGUCUGGACCCUUAACCAGAGCUCACAUUGAUGAAAAUGUUACCCUGGAGUGUUCCUUCUCAGCGCAUCUUAAAUCAAAUCGCUUUUACUGGUUCAAACAGACAGUAGGACACAGACCCUCUAUUGUGGUACAGUCACAAGCGCACGGUUCCACAGCAUACUCUCAAGGUUUUGAAAAUGGACGUUUCAAACUUGACAAAGGAGGGUUACGCUUCCAUCUGAUCAUUGAAAAUGCUAGUCGCUCAGAUGAGGGAAUGUACUUCUGUGGAAUGAAAUUAUUAUAUGGCAUCAUAUUUGGAAAUGGAACAUUUUUGUCAAUUGAAGGUGAGCAGUGGUCUGCUACUGAAAGAGUGGUCCAAGCCCCAAUACCAGACCCAGUUUAUCAAGGAGAUUCAGUGACUCUGCAGUGCACAGUAAGGAUGGAGAAACGAACAGAGGAGUACAGAGUGCUCUGGUUCAGAAGAUCUGCAGGAGAAUCCCAGCCAGGUCUUAUUUACUCUCCCACAAACAGGAGCCGCGAGUGUGAGGAUCACUGUGUCUACAGGCUUCCCAAGAGCAAUCUCACUCUCUCUGACAGUGGAGUCUAUUACUGUGUUGUGGAUAUAUGUGGUCAUGUCAUUUUUGGAAAUGGAACAGUACUGGAAAUUAGAUCCUUGGCAUUAUUUAAUACCGUGGUGAGUUUGGGAGCUAUACUGGGCUUAUGCAUUUGUCUUGGACUGUAUCUGGUGUGGCAAAACACAAGAGAGUGUAAGCACUGCAAAGGGAAAUGUGCUCAAGCAGCUGAACCAGCUGAAUCUCCUUUGAACCAAUUUGAAACACAGGGUGGGGGUGCUGACCUUACGGUGGUUAAUUAUACAGCUCUUCAUUUGUCAGAGAGGAAACCCAAAGCAGGAAGAAAGAGAGAGACAUUGACACAUGGUGGUGUGUAUUCUGAUGUGCGGUACCAUGAACAACAGGCCUUCUAAUAGAACCUAGCCUAGUGGUAAGGCCUUCUAAUAGAACCUGGCCUAGUGGUUAGGCCUUCUAAUAGAAACUGGCCUAGUGUUUAGGCCCUCUAAUAGAACCUGGUCUAGUGUUUAGGUCUUCUAAUAGAACCUGGCGUAGUGUUUAGGCCUUCAUGCAUCUAUGUCUCUGGACUUUUUUACAUUCUGAAACAUGUAUGUUUUGCAAUACAUAGAAAUUCAGUGUUCACUAAAAGAAGAUAUUUUAUUUUGUGUACAGCUGUAUACACUUAUAAAGACUAAAUGAAAUAAAGUUGUAUUUUAUAAUAAA